AUGAGCAGAGAGAAGGAUGUAGGACCGGUUGGUGCGGGGUCCGGGUGACUGACGAGAGUGACCCCGUCCCUGAUGGAUGGUCCGUCACUGUGCUCAGUGAGAAAUGUGGUGCUCCUCUGACAACUGGCACACCUGUAGUGGACAACAUGGUGGAGUGGGACACAGUGAUGCAGCAAACUGCUCUCUUACAUCCAUCCCUCUUUUCAUCAGUAACCGUUUUUGUUUUUUUCAUUUUGUGCAUUAUCUAAAAUAACCUUGGUGUGGACUCGAGGGCGUGCUUUAAGCAAGUUCAACUUAUCCUACUGUACUGAGGUGGCAUUUAAGAUGAUCUGUGCGCUAGUGGCAAAAUGUAACUAAGUAUAUUUACUCAAGUACUGUACUUAAAUACAAUUUUGAGGUUUUUAAGGACAAUUUUACUUGAGUAUUUCCAUUUUAUGCUACUUUAUACUGCCGCUCCACUACAUUUGGGAGGCAAAUAUUGUGCUUUUUACUCCAUUACAUUUAUUUGAUAACUUUAGUUACUUUGUAGAUUCAGAUUAUUAAUACAAAACAUAAAUAAACUGUUAAAUUCUGACGUAUUAUUAUAGGUUAAAGUUAAAUAAAUUCAAUAAAUUAGAAUAAGCCCCACAUGUACACAUUAAUGCAUCACUAAUUUUAAUCCAGUAAUAUUAUAAAGUAUGUUUUGAUGCUAAUACUUUUGUACUUUUGCUUAAGUUUGAAUGCAGGAUUUUUACACUGUAUUCUGUAUUAUUGCUCACUUUACUUAAGUAAAAGAUCUGAGUACUUCUUCCACCACUGCUGUGAGACAAGAGGAAGGUGAGACAUGACAGUCAAACAAGUAGAGAUUCAGCAUUAAGAAUUUCUUUUGGCUUUCUCUUUCUUUGUCGGGGACUUGGGGACUUGGGGAGGGAGGAGAGGUGAACCUGACAGUGUUUGGAUCGACAGCAGAAAUAAAAUACGGUUUUCUGAAUUUUCUCACACUGACACAAUACUGAUAAUCAGUAUUUUCUCUCUGAGCUUAUUUAUUAUUCAAAAAACAGAUUUGAUAUAAAUAUACUCUCGUUGACACAAUUCCUUGACAACAAAAGUGACUGAAUUCUUUAGAGGAAAAGGCAGGAAAAAUAAAUUGCAAAUAAAGUAAAAAUAGCUAAUAGAGUUAAAAUGAAAUCACUUAACACUGCAGGCUAAAAGCUGCCCCUCAGACCGGCUGGUUCUUAAAUUAAAUCUUAGAUUAAACUCACAAUCCAACAAACUGUAAAUCAAAAUGAAUGUGGUGGCCUCCAUGUCUAAAGUUAACUGAUCAUUAAUAAUCAAUACCAAGAUUUAAAUACCUGAUAGAUUAAUAAAUAAAUUAUCUGUUAUUGUUCUUUUUUGCUGAAAACUGUUCUGGAAACACUGAUCUUUCACCCAACAGGAGCUCCACAAAAAUACAUAUUUUUGACAGAUUAUUUUUCUAUUCUAAAAAUUUAGAUAAAUGUCUCAAGUUCCAUUUCAUCUUGAAAUGGCUUGUUUUGACAAACAGUCCAAAACUCAAAGAUAUUCACUUUACAGUGAUAUAAAACUGAAAAAAGCAGAAAAUCCUCAUAUUGGCGAAGCUGGAACCAAAUAUUUGCAUGAAAAAUGACUCACGAAUUACUCAUUACGAUUAAUCGAUUAUCAAAAUAGUUACCGAUUGAAUUUCUUGCCAUCGGCUAAUCAUUUCAGCUCUAAUCUGAGUAUAUUUACUAUACUGUACUUAAAUAUUUCUGUUUUGGGAGACUCUACUUGUCCUCCACAACAUUUCAGGGAGCAAUAAAGUGCUUUUUCCUUCAGUAUAUUUAUCUGAUAGCUGGAGUUACUUUGCCGAUUCAGAUUUUACAUUCAGUGAGAGACAAGGUCAUAAAAAUAACUGAUAAAAAGUAAGAAAAUCUUUGAAGAGAACAGAGACAGAAAGAUUAAAUAUAUACUGUAGUGCUCACAGGUGCAGAUUCAAUCAGAGGGAGAAAGGUUAAAGACUGCUGGACAAACAGGACCUGCAAGGCAUUUUGGAGGACACAGUGAGAAGUUUACCUGGGAAAUCAGGGAGGAGACGAUAUUCCCAAUAAAAUGUUAGAUUUGUUAAGUAAACUCUAGAUUCCAUUUUUCCUGGGUGGGUCCAUCCAUUUUAUAAAUGCAGCCACCUGAAGCCAAACCAUCCACUGACCUGAGCCAGUCGACAAAGUCCUGCUGCACUUUUUUCUAAGUCUUCCUUUAUUAUUAAAAGCAGGUGUAAUGAACACCACAAACAAAGCUUUGUUCUCACAGCGACAGACUUUGAAAAAAUAACUUAAGCCACUUCAUGUCUUGCAGCUGAAACCUGACAACCACAAUCACCUUAACAACUCACAGGUUCGACUGAAAAAGACUAUUACAUAAUACCACGCUCCAUCUCAAAAGAAAGAAUGCACACAGGAAUGUAAAGCGGCAUCUAAAGCUUUCCUUUGUAAAGUAUAUUUUGCAGUUGUUAUGACUUGAAACAGCAUCUCACUUCUUGACAACCAUCUGGAGACUAUUAUAGGUUAUAAAACAGCUGCACAGGAGUGGCUCCUUUUCCUGCCACCGCAGACUGAAAAACAAUAGGAGGUGUCUGGGAGCGUGCACAGAUCGAACCUGAUCUCAUGCCACGUUGUUCAACAUUCACCUGGAGGUUGCUCAGAUGUUGGUGGAGGAUUAAAAACUAAAACUAGUACAGAGCAUGUGUCUUUUUUCUUAUGAUUUGUCUGGACACGUGCGAGUUGAAUGUCAGUCCUUCGUUUAUGUUCCUGCAAAAAUGCAGCCAGUAGCAAAGAGACUGAGUGGUCCCGCGUCGUCUUCCUGCUCAUUUAGGGUUAAAUUCUCACAGACACUUGACUUCCUCUUGCAAACCUCUCGCUCUAACACCCUGGCAAGCCCUCCUCGUUUUUUUCCUCAAGUAAAUGUUAUAAAUAGUGCUGUGUGUUCUGUUGACUGGCCAUCCUCCUCUCAAAGUGAAUGUCUUUCUGCACUGCCCACCUUUGCUCAGUCACUCACCUUUUCACUCCUCUCUCCGUUUCUCUCAACACACACACCAAUACACUCCAGUUCAACCUUUUGCCUUCCUUCUUCAGAGUUCUUCUCUGCUUCUCUCUGAGGCUUUUUACACGAUUUUUCUGCUUGUUCUUGUUCUGCUAAAAGACUGGAAGACACUCUAACCGAGUCAGUGGACAAACCGAUAUUAGCGAGCUUGUCAGCAUGCGUUGUGUGAGCUGGUUGUUGCUGGGGACUUGCCUCCUGGUCCUGGGCCCCGCGGUGCAGGGAGCCCCAGGCCAGUGCCCCAGCCUGUGCCACUGCCACGGUGACCUUCAGCACGUCAUCUGUGACAGCGUCGGGCUGAAGAAGAUCCCUCGGGUGUCGGAGGUCACCCGUUUGCUGAACCUGCAGAGGAACAACCUGGGCAGCAUACCCACAGGGGCCUUCAGUGAAAGCAAGGGACUCAUCUCUCUGCACAUGCAGCACUGUCAGCUCCGAGAGAUCGGAUCCCAGGCCUUCAAGGGGCUGAAGAAGCUCAUCUACCUCUACCUGUCCAACAACGAGAUCAACAGCAUCAAGCCCGGCGCCUUCGAGGACCUGACCGAGCUCACCUACCUCUACCUAGAUGGGAACCAGAUCAGCGACCUGGCAAAGGGCAUCUUCUCCCCCAUGAUCAACCUCUUUAUUCUGCAGCUCAAUGACAACAAGCUCCGGGAGCUGCGGCAGGGGACCUUUACAGGUGCCAAAGACUUGCGCUGGCUGCACAUGAGCAGGAACGAGCUGACCACCCUGCAGCCGGGCUCUCUGGACGAUGUGGAGAACCUCGCUAUACUUCACCUGGACAGGAACAAGAUGUCCACCUAUCCCAGUGUGGCAAUGAGCAAACUGCGUGUGGUGGAGGAACUCACGCUGGGGAAGAACCCCAUGAGGACCAUCCCAGACAACGCCUUCCAGAGCUUUGGCCGCUACAUGGAGAAACUAUACCUGGACAACAUGGGUCUGGAGAAGUUCUCUGAUGGUGCGUUUACUGGUGUGACGGCAGUCAAGUCACUGCACCUGGACAACAACAAGCUAAAGUCCCUUCCCAGAAGCUUUGAGUUUGGCACCAUCACCAACUUCACCCUCUCCAACAACCCAUGGAGCUGCACAUGUCAGCUAGCUCCACUGCGCAGGUGGAUGGACUCUAGCCGCAAUCGUCCAGACGCAGUGUGUGCUUCUCCACCACAGCAGAAAGGCAAGCAAGUCAGAGACAGCACCGCCUUCAGUGGCUGCAGAGUCAAGUCAAAGAGAGCCAAAAAGGGCACACGUCAUUGAACAUGCAGCUGUACAGGAGACGCUGAGGAGGGGCCUGUCCAGGUGACCGGCUACACAUGCAACGAAAGCAAUGCUAACUCAUUUUACUUCAAGACUGUCCAUCUAUUCAUCUGCCAAAUGUUGUCACUAGUGUAAACACAGACAAACACAUUCAUAGAUACACAUGCUCUCUGUCUGUCUCUCUAACAUCCAAACACAUGAAGAGCUUUAUGGACCUUUCAUUUUCAUUCACGUAUAUCAAAGAUUUAAGUAUAAGUGGAAAUGUUCAGGUAACCACCAAAACAAAGGAUGCAUUUGAGUAAAUGAGGGCUACAAAAAGCAUUAAGGACAGAUGUGUUGUCUUUUCCUGGUGCAUUCAGUACUUCAGCGAGCAGGAUAACUGUCGUAAAUACAAAAACAAAUUAUGUUCUUCUGUGAGGAUAAUGUUUCACUGUCUUGAUUAGCAUGAAAAUAAAGUCAAACCAGAUGAGCUUAGAGGAAGAGUUCAACAUUUUGGGAAAUAUGCUCAUUUCCUUUCUUAGAUGAGUUUAGUUUAGUUUAGUUAGAUAAGAAGAUUGACACCACUCUCAUGUCUUAGCUUAGCUUAGCACAAAGACUGGAAACAGGGGGAAACAGCUAGCCAGGCUCUGUCCAACUGCAACAAAAUCUGCCUUCCAGCACCUCUGAAGCUCGCUAAUUAACAGGGUAUAUCUUCAUUCGUUUAUUCCGUACAAAAAUCAAAGUCAACAGAAAAACUUUUUAUGGAGGUUUAUGUGCCUGCUAUCAAUUAAUGUCUGUCUGGUAUCAAUAUUCUCAUCUAGCUCUCGGUAAGAAAGCGAAUGAGCGUAUUUCCCAAAAUGUCAAACUAUGUUUUUGUGGGGAGCCACUUGGGGGCAGCAGAACAAACUGAAAACACAACACUGAUCACCUUAUAAAGUCGUGUUAGCAAACAAUUAGACAUCCAGCUGAUACGGAGCAACAUCAUCAUUAAUUUGGAGUUGUGUAAGUCAUCAGAGCUUGUUUGCUGAAAACAGCUGCCUGCUGCAGCUGGAAACAAGGCUAAUGAGAGCUUUGAGGGUGAACCAAAACAAUAAAGUUGCGGGCUGGAAAACCAAAACGUACAAACUAAAAGAGGCUAAAAAGCUCUGAGAAGCUGCAGAAUCGGCUGAUAAUUAUUUGUGUGUUUUCAUCGUUACAAGAGAUGCCUUUCACAUUAAACUUAAUCAUUCGAUCCACUGAUGAGGUAAAAAAAAUUAAUGAUAAGCGCAGCUUUGAGAUACUGGAAAUGGAUGAUGCUUUGUUUUGGUUGUUAUCUGUGAAAAUAAUUGAUCAUCAAACCAGAUAUGGCUCCAAACAAGAUUAAUAAUUCCUCAUAGUUGGGAGGUCGUGUUCAAACAAAACAUCCAAGGCAGUUAAAGUGACCACAAAAAGGAAAAACAGUUGAAGAAGACCUAUUUCUCCAAGAAAUUUAAGAGACAAUAAGACUUUGAAGAUGUGGGUAAGCUUAAUAGGUGGAUCAAUGCAUAUAAUUUCAAAGCUGUAUUUGUUGUUCAGUGCCUUUUUUCUCUUUAUGAAGGAAUUUUAAGAUCUCAAAGAUCUAGAAAACUGGAUUUAGUUCUUUUUUUUUUGCUAAGAAUGUACACAAAUUCAAGAAGACAAGAAUAAGUCUGAAAAGACGAAAUACAUUAUCUAGGGUCAUUGUUUCUUUAUUAAGUGCAAAUUAUUUGUAUCAUUUUCUUAACACUUCACUUCAACCUGGAAGAAAAAGUGAACCAUUUCUUGCAAACUAUGGAGGUUACUGACAUGUGUUGACUUUAUGCAUAUCUUAUGUAUAUUCAGUAUCUUUACAUUUUCUGGACUUUUGGAGGUGGUAACCAGUGCUCACAUCCAAUAAACCUUUUACAAAAUGAAA